AUGAAAUUGUUGUUUACAAUAAUGUACCUUUUUUUUUUUUUUUUUUUUAAAUUUGGAUUAUGUGAUAAAUCCGAUUCAAUGAAUAAAUUUUAUUUUAAUGACAUUAAAAGCACAAAAGAUCAAAUGAUUGCAGGUUCAAAAGCUUUAUAUCCAUUAAUGAAAGAUCUUGAAGAAAAUGAUGAUUACUCUAAUAUAGACAACACGUAUGAUGAAAUAUCAUUUCCUAAUCCUUUCGUUCAGCCUGAAGAAUGUGUUUUAUCUUUAGGAAUAAGUCAUUCAUGGUUGUGUGAUCCUUCUCGUUUUUUAAAUAUAGAUGAACAAUUAAAUGUUGAAGCAACUUUACUUAAAAUAAGGGAUACAAAUUUUCAUAAAUGUUCAAAUAAUGGAAUUUAUUAUUAUCAAGUCUCUGUAGCAUUAGUACCUCAAAUACUUAUAGAUAAAAAUAGUUCAUAUGAAAAAUCUGCUCAAAAGUUUUCUCAGAAUUUACUAAGAAAAUGGGGAAUAGGUAAUAAAGAAUGUCAUGAUGGUAUUUUAUUAGUUUAUAUAAAACAAUUAGGUAAAUUCAUUGUAGCUAAAAGGGAAGGUGUUGAAGAUCAGUAUAUAAAUGAAAAUGAAAUUAGAAUGCAUUUUAUUAAUACUUAUUUUGCUACAGGAUCUCUUAGUAAAGCAUUAAUUGAAUCAUUAAAUUUUAUUAAUAAAAAAUUACCUUCAAAACCUCAAGAAUUAACUAACACAGCAAAAAUGUUUUUACUAUUAAUUCUUUUCUAUAUUGUGUCUAUCAUUAUUUUAUAUAUUACUACUGUUACAUAUAGUAAAAAUAUAUAA